AUGGCUCCUGAACACCUCCGCCGCCCGCCUCAGGCCCCUCCCGUCUUCACCGCAACUGCCCAGUCCAUCGUCGAUGACGCCAAACGCCUCGUCGAGACCUCCCGGAAGGUCCAGGAUGGCGUAGUGGCCAACGUCAAGGCCGACACUGCCGCUUUCUCCUCCGUCAUCAAGCCCCUCGCCCAGGAUGAGAACGUCAUGGCCCUGGAAUCCCACAUCCUCGGCUUCUAUCAGGCCGUCUCGACGGAACAAGAGCUGCGCGAUGCGUCCUCCAAGGCGGAGGAGCUGAUGGAUGAGUUCUUCAUCGAGAGUGCUAUGCGUGAGGACGUCUUCAAGCUGGUGGAUGCCGUGUUGAACAAGAAUGAGACCCUGGACCCCGAGUCCCGCCGUCUGCUGGAGAAGGAACAUAAGGAUUUCAUCCGUAACGGGCUAGGUCUGCCCGCCGGCCCCAAGCGCGACCGCUUCAAGGAGAUCAAGAAGCGUCUGUCUCAGAUCAGCAUUGAGUUCCAGAAGAACCUGAACGAGGAGAACGAGGGGCUCUGGUUCACCCGCGAGCAGCUGGACGGCGUGCCUGACGAUGUCCUGUCCGGCCUGAAGAAGGGUGAGGGAGAGAACGAAGGCAAGCUCUGGCUGACCUUCAAGUACCCCGACCUCUUCCCGACGAUGAAGUACGCCAAGAACGCCGAGACCCGCAAGACGGUGAUGAUCCAGAACGAGAACAAGUGCAACCAGAACGUCCCGCUCUUCCGCGAGUCGAUCAUUCUGCGUGACGAGGCCGCUCGGCUGCUCGGAUACCCCAACCACGCCGCGUUCCGCAUUGAGGACAAGAUGGCGAAGACGCCAGAGACGGUCAACAACUUCCUUGGAGAUCUGCGCAAGCGUCUGACGGCCGGUGGUCAGAAGGAGAUCCAGAACCUCAUCAAGAUCAAGCAGAGUGACCUGGAGGCCCGUAGCGAGUCAUUCGAUGGCCGCUACUACCUCUGGGAUCAUCGAUUCUACGAUCGGUUGAUGCUGGAGAAGGACUUCUCGCUGAACCAGCAGCAGAUCGCCGAAUACUUCCCUCUCCAGACGACGAUUGAGGGCAUGCUGAAGAUCUUUGAGGAGCUGUUUGGGCUGGUGUUCGUGGAGAUCACCGGCGAGGACCGCGAGAAGAUCGCGCCGUCCGGCAAGGGCAGUGACAUUGUCUGGCACGAGGACGUGCAGAUCUUCAGCGUCUGGAACGACGAGGGUGAGGGCAGCGGAUUCGUGGGAUACCUCUACCUGGAUCUGUUCCCCCGCAGCGGCAAAUAUGGCCAUGCCGCCAACUUCAACCUGCAGCCGGGCUUCAUCGACGCCGAGGGCAACCGCCGCUACCCCGCCACGGCGCUGGUGUGCAACUUCACCAAGCCGACGCCCAAGAAGCCGAGUCUGCUGAAGCACGACGAGGUUGUGACGCUGUUCCACGAGCUGGGCCACGGCAUCCACGAUCUGGUGGCCAAGACGAUCUACUCGCGCUUCCACGGCACGAACACGGUGCGUGACUUCGUCGAGGCGCCCAGUCAGAUGCUGGAGAACUGGUGCUGGACGCCGUCCCAGCUCAAGUCGCUCAGCAAGCACUACUCCAGCCUGUCGCCCGAGUACUUGGCCGCGUGGCAGGAACAAGCGGGCGGAGCAGCCAAGCCCUCGGAGCAAAUCCCCGACGAGGUGAUCGAGAACCUCAUCCGCACGAAGCACGUCAACGACGCGCUGUUCAACCUGCGCCAGCUGCAUUUCGGUAUUUUCGAUAUGACGGUGCACGAGCCAGAGAGCCACGAGCACAUCAAGAAGCUGCCGAUCUCGGCCACUUACAACCAGCUGCGCAAGCAGAUCACGCAGAUGGAUGGGCCCGAAGUUCUGGGAUUGGGUGACGAAUGGGGCCACGGCGAGGCGACGUUUGGACAUUUGAUCGGUGGAUACGAUGCGGGCUACUACGGAUAUCUCAGCUCGCAAGUUUACUCGACCGAUAUGUUCUACACCGUGUUCAAGUCCAACCCCAUGGACCCCAAGGCCGGCCGCCGGUACCGCUACCAGGUGUUGGAGAAGGGCGGUAGCCAGGAUGAGAUGACGACGCUGACGGAAUUCUUGGGCCGGGAGCCUAAGACGGAUGCUUUCUACAAGGAUAUGGGAUUGGCUUAG